GAAGAAGAAGAAGAAGAAGAAGAAGAAGAAGAAGAAGAAGAAGAAGAACGGUGUCUCAGUUUCCAUCGCCCGGUGACGGAGGCGCCCCGACGCCGCGUCUGUUGACAACAUGUGGACGCGUCACCGUCCGCGGUCCGAGCCGUGAGCGAGUCGCGCGGCCAACGUAUGGACAAGGUCGGCGGCGACUGGCGGAGACGCACGAGGGGAGCGCAAGCCGACGAGUCCGGCGUGCUGCGGUGUCGGAGCGCGGCCAACGCCGGAGGAGACCAUGCCAUGGAGGAGGACGCCGGCCUCUCCAAGCGGGACGGCCCGGAGCGCAGGGUCGCGGCGCCCCGCUACAGCCUGCUGCGCGAGGCGGGCCGCGGCACGUACGGCGUCGUGUACGAGGCGGUGGCGCGGCGGUCCGGCGCCAGGGUCGCCGUGAAGAAGCUGCGCUGCGACGCGCCGGAGAACGUGGAGCUCGCGCUGCAGGAGUUCUGGGCCCUGGCCAGCCUGGAGAAGCGGCACCAGAACGUGGUGCAGCUGGAGGAGUGCGUGCUGCAGCGCGACGGCGUGGCGCAGAAGAUGAGCCACGGGAACAAGCGGUCCAAGCAGUACCUGCGCCUGGUGGAGACGUCGCUGAAGGGCGAGCGAGUGCUCAAUCCUCCGGAGGAGCCCUGUUAUCUCUGGUUCGUCAUGGAGUUCUGUGAAGGCGGCGACCUCAAUCAGUUCAUCUUGUCCCGCCGGCCCGACCCAGGGACCAACAACAGCUUCAUGCUCCAGUUGACCAGCGCUGUCGCCUUCCUGCACGAGAAUAACAUAGUCCACAGAGACCUCAAACCCGACAACAUCCUCAUCUCGGAGAAGUCGGGGACCCCUGUCCUCAAGGUGGCCGACUUUGGCUUGAGCAAGGUUUGUGCCGGUUUUGGCAAUGCCAGCGAGGGCAAAGACAGCGAAGACAAGAGCAAAAAUGUCAACGUCAACAAGAUUUGGUUGUCGUCAGCAUGCGGCUCAGAUUUCUAUAUGGCCCCUGAGGUGUGGGAGGGCCACUACACAGCCAAGGCUGACAUAUUUGCCUUGGGCAUCAUCAUCUGGGCCAUGUUGGAGAGGAUUACUUUCAUUGACGCCGAGUCCAAGCGGGAGCUGCUCGGAACAUAUGUUCGACAGGGAGGAGACAUUGUGCCGGUGGGUGAGGCGUUGCUAGAGAAUCCAAAGAUGGUACUGAGCAUCCCACAGAAACGCAGGUCGUGCAUGUCUGACGGAGUGAGGAAGCUGCUUCAGGACAUGCUAAGUGUCAAUCCUCAGGACCGGCCCGAUGCUGUUGAACUGCAGGCCAGAAUGGACCAGGUCAUGUGUGCUGCAUGACCGUCGACCAGGCUGCGUUACAGACGCGUGCUGCUGCCUGGAGCUGCUACUUCAGUGAGGGUUCCCCCGCAGACUGUGACGAUCAAUGGAGAAGCGAAGGAAAGCAGCGAGGGACGGCCCACGCCAAGAAGAGACGACCAUAAAUUGAGUCCAUAACACAACAGUACAAAAAACAAAACACAUUGGUGAUUACAGCAGUGGUCUGCGAGAUAUUAUCGGCAUCACUCUGCCAACAGCCAAUCAGAAUGCAUCCAAAUGUCACGUUUCAACAUGGCAGACGACACUGUGGAGACCCGGAGUCAGUGAGGUGGAAGAGAACCCUGCUCCUGUUCAAUGAAGACGCUAACGGGAACAAGGACGUGUGCAAUGGAAUCAGGCUCAGACACAUCAGGAGCAUGCGGCUGUUUACACAACCUCAUCGUCCAUCAGUGAUGGCCGUGUCGGAGGGUCGCCCUCGACACCCGCAUUCCCAUUGGUUGGACGGUGAAUGGGAAAUCCUUAUUUUUGUUGUUGUUGUUUACAGCGAGGUGGUCAGUUUGUCCUGCCCUGAAUAUUCAAAUUGAGUGAAACACAACAUCGACCAGUAGGAAGCUGGAUUAGUCUGAGGUUACCACACCUCCAUCAACGUGCAGCGGUCUGGUGAGGUCCCCUGAAGAAAGGUCUCCAAACUUCCACACUACUACUGGACACCUCCAUGUGGGGGUGUUCUUGUGUCAGAGGUACCUGCCUCAUGUUGCAAUGUAUCCUGAUCAGUGCCGUGUGGCCCCAGUGAGAUCUGACAGUUUUGUCUGAUGACAGAAAAAAGCGGCGCCGCCCUCCCUUUUCGGUCUGUACACAAUGCCGUGUCAUAGCAUAUGCAAUUUUAUGUUGCGAUAGUGGUUUAUGUCCGGUUCAAUAAUCAGUAGUUGGAUCCAGACUCUUUUGGUGACCCUAGUAAAUAAAAAAUAAGGAAAAAAAAACACAAAGAAGAUGCUAAGCUUUAGUUACCCUGGUGUAAACAGUGCGGCAGAAUUUCAAUGUCCCAUUGUAAAAAUGAACAUGUUGCUAAAGCCCAUCGCGCUGGAUAACCCGAGAUAUAUGUUUUUACCCCAGGUUGUCUUUUCAAUCUGUAAAGAAGUCUGUCCAAACACUACCACCCUUUACCUCUCCCCUGUGCCACCUGUCCCUCCACUCAAUGCUCACGUACAUUAGAGGACUCGGAGGGCGGAGCGUUGUCGGGUAGCUGCAGGAGUUCGUCUGUUGGCAGGAAUGUGAGUGUGAAAACAGAUUUGAAUCUUCUUUUGGCUUAAAGGUUUACUGGCUUUUUUUCCGUUUUGAAAGCAAAACCACGCCCUCAACUAGAUCCAUGUAACGGAGUGAAUGUUAUGAGGGGGUUUAUCUGGAGACACGUAGCUUUUCACAGUCCUCACUUUAUUGAAGCCACAAUUUAAGUGACACUUCACGGACACGUAAAGUUCAGCUCCACUUCUUUACACCUAUGGUGCCUUGAAACUGAGUGGUCGUCGGAUCAAAUAUGGCUAGAUGCUAUAGUUUUCCUUGAUUUGGCACUCCAAAUACACUUAAUGGAUUUAUUUCUUCACCCCCCAGAAUGGUGAUUUGGAGUAACAUAUGAAUCACGGUAAUUUUAACGGUUGUUCUGUGACCGAUGGAUGAAAUCAGGGCUUCAAAGGGAACUCGAGGCUUUCUGUUUGAAUAAGUGCCAUUUAUGUGACGCAGAUGCAUUUCACCACGUUGAGGGAACACUAUAAUUGCUAAACUAUUAUUAACAGGAUUUGAUUUCUUUUCUUCUUCCCAAUAUGUGUUGCUUUAAAUCUGUCGCAGGAACUUUGUGAGAUGCCUGUGAUCAAAAAUGUGAAAAAGAAUAUUGUUGGCAUGUUUGUACAAUGGGACACAAGAAGACCAGAGAAUCGGAAUGAAAGACGAGAUGCGAGUCUGUCGUGUGUUUAACUAAAGUGGGACCCGGAGUGAUUUGAGAUUCCUCUUCCUUUUAAUUGUUCUACCUCAUGUUUCUUCACAUUUUCACUUUUUUUUUUUUUUUUAUCGUUACCGAGCCAUUGUGCAUCGUUGUUCAUUUUUUCCUAAUAGAAACGAAACCUGGCACACAUUGAAGCGGCCGCUUUUUGAUGACAUCACAGUGUGUGUGCAGUCUGCCUCCUGGUGACGAUGUGUUCAUAACGUACGGGAUUGUACGCGCACCACGGCCGGUCAACUGUUUCUUUCUGCUUCACUGCUGCAUUGUAAGGAAAUAGGUUUACACUGAUGAAGAUGUUUACACGACUCCAGAUGUAUAUUGGUGUACUGCUUAAAAUGUAUGUGAAAAAACCCCCACCUCAGUUUCCCGCCUGCGUGUUACCAACGUGUGAAUGUUUGGACUGGGUAGAAAUGAUCGCGGGGAUGUAUUCUCAAGAUGAAAUUCAGAUUUCCUGAGUAACUGCUUUUAUUGUACUUUAAUUUUGAGGAAUGUAAUUAAAAUAUCCAAUCAAACCCUGAAGUCUCCCCCUCCAUGUCCACGUUACGGCCCCUGGAUGCUUCUCAGUGGAGUGGGAACAUGGACCUGUCGGUCUGUGCAGCAGCACCGCGUUUCACUCGUCUAUGCAACGGUUUCCCUGGACCGACUGUGGAACAGUCCAGGCGGUGUCUCUGUCACAGUCGCCUGCUUCUCCCCCCGACGGGAACUGUACAAGACAACUGGAGCGUGUUGCGUCCAGGUGGACGACCUUGUCUGUUAUUUUAAUCCUUUGUUCCACGUGUAACUUAAAAGGCAUUUGCUUGAAUGAAAAAACAUGUUCUUUUUACUGAGCACAGAUCGGAGCUGCGUUUGAAUAAAGGUCACCCAAGUA